GUACAACACUCGCACUUCACACACUCCGCUCAGUCUGCAUCUCUCGCUGCAGCGACACUGAUGCGCUGAAGCCGAACGCUGAUUAUCUCUGGAAUUGUGGCAAGUUGUCCAUUUCGACUGGCAGUCCACCCUCCACCUACAUGAACUCCAGAAGAUCAAAACUUUAGACGUCCGCCGUGGCUGAACAUGAUGGGAUUGCUCGCUUUAAUCAGCUUGAAAGCAGCUGGAAUUACGGCGGCGAGCAGCGGUACAGAGUCAUAAAACCUCGCUGCCAAAAAGCAAGCAAGAUUGCAUUAGCACCAACUGGUCCCUUAUAGAUUGAUCAUGUGACUCACGCUAACUCUAGAGGCUAAUUUUAUAUCUGAUAUUCAUUUCAAAAUAUGAAUAAACCUCAGUGAAUAAUCUAACGCUAGCUUCUCAUGUAUUAAUCCCAGAAUGCUAAUUCUGCAGUUACUUCACCAUUCUGACUGACUAACAAGACCAGAUUUAAUUGUUGAUAUGCACUAUAAAAAACUUCCACUUCCCUAUUUUAAACAGAGGUUCUGGCACCCAAUUCAAAAUUUAAUCAAAUCUUCAGCCACUUAUAUCUGACCCCAAAGAUCACCAAGGAUUUUUUUAUGCCCAUCUCAAAUUCUCGACAGCAGCCAUGCAAACUCCAAAGAAAACAAGACACUAACUGAUUUGACCCAUGCUAGUUCAAAUUGGCACCUCAUUAGUACCAAAUUUCAGAUGCUUAGCACCAGUUCCAUGUUGUCAAGACGAAUUAACUGAGGAAGGCGAAGAUGAUGCCUGGAACUAGCCCCACCAUCAUGAAGAAAUCCUCUGACACCUUAAAGAAUAGUUAAAAUAAAAAAAUUCUAACGCUAGCUAAGUUUUAUUUCUAAUGCGAAUGUAUCCACUGUAUUAAUCGUGCAACAAAACAACAAAUAACGUUUUAUCAAAGGUUCAAACGUUUUCAUCUGCAUCCAGAGCGAUGCUUAACCGAAACAUCACCAAGAAUUCCAGAGACUUGAUUCACCUCAACAUUGCUGAAUGAUCUGUAAUGCUAAUCUGCUUCCUGCCAGCAUGCCUCAUCUCAACAUCACUGCUGUUUUAUCAAACCUGACCCACAGACCAGAAUCAGGGAACCUCUAUCGGCCGUUCUCCGUGUUUAGCGUCCUCACUCUCACACUUUUAGCCAUGCUCGUAGUGGCUACGUUCAUUUGGAACCUUCUCGUUUUGGUGACCAUUUUGAGAGUCCGAACUUUCCACCGUGUCCCUCACAACCUGGUGGCCUCGAUGGCCAUCUCGGAUGUGAUGGUGGCCGGACUGGUGAUGCCGCUGAGCCUCGUCCGGGAACUUUACGGCCGUCGGUGGAUCCUCGGAAAAGCUCUUUGCCAAGUGUGGAUUUCAUGCGAUGUUUUGUGCUGCACAGCCAGCAUCUGGAACGUGACCGCCAUUGCGCUUGAUCGCUAUUGGUCCAUCACGCGCCACCUCGAGUAUACGCUCAAGACACGGAAAAGGAUCUCCAAUGUGAUGAUUGGACUCACAUGGCUGCUCUCAUCCGUCAUAUCCCUGUCGCCGCUCUUCGGUUGGGGGGAGACGUAUUCCGAGGUGGAUCUGUCGUGUCAAGUGAGCCAAGAACCGUCAUAUACAGUCUUCUCCACCUUUGGCGCUUUUUAUUUGCCCCUCUGCGUUGUGCUCUUUGUGUACUGGAAGAUCUACAAGGCUGCCAAGUUUCGCAUCGGAUCACGCAAGACCAACACCAUCAUGCCGAUGUCGGAGAUUAUUGAGGUGAAGGAGGCCGCGGAACAGCCACAAAUGGCCUUCAGUGUCCGUCACGCAGCCGUGUCGUUCCAGCCCGAGGGCGAGACGUGGCGUGAGCAGAAGGAACGUCGUGCUGCAUUGAUGGUGGGAAUCCUAAUCGGAGUCUUUGUGCUCUGCUGGAUCCCAUUCUUCCUGGCCGAGCUCAUCAUCCCACUGUGCUCCUGCGACAUCCCACCUGUCUGGAAGAGCGUCUUCCUUUGGCUCGGAUACUCCAACUCGUUCUUCAACCCGCUCAUCUACACAGCCUUCAACAAGAACUACAACAGCGCCUUCAGGAACCUCUUCAGCAGGCAGCGCUGACAAAUAACCUACAGGCGCUAGUCAGCAUCAUGCUAACUGACAACAUUGCAUGAAUAAAGGAAACUAUUUUGUAAAGUUCAUCUCUAUGGCCAAGAACCCCAACAGCAAGACCACCAUUUAGCCUUGUGCUAACUGCGCUGUACUAUUUGUAUGUUAAUUAAAACUACAAAAUCACCUUCAGGAACCUCUUUAACAGGGAACGCUGGUGAACAUAAACCAUUCAUUAGCAUCAUAAUCACUGAACGAAGGCAUCACACAUGGCACUGUUUGCUAAAUAACACCAUGUGUACAUCUUCAUUUACACAACCCUAAGAAACUCCUUCAGCUGGAUGUGAAUUUCAGCUAAUUGGCAUCAUGCUACCUGUACAAGUACAUUAUACAUAAAUAAUGCUAAUUAAUUUUCCCAAAACUGUUUAUUCAUACAGCCAAAAAUAAGCAGCACAUUUCUUCAGGGACCUCUUUAGAAGGCAGACAAGUAACAGAAGCUAUGAACUAGCGAUUAGCAUCAUGCUAAUUGCCACGGCAUGAUACUUUUUGGAUGUUAAUGAGAAAAACUGUGCUUUCCUGGAAUCUCCAGCAAUGAAUGGAUUAUGUGUUGUAAGCAAAUUAUACCAUAUGUAUAGCAUCAUGCUAACUGAUAGCUGAACAGUAUGUUACGAUGUGUACAGAAAACAUUUUCCAACAUUAUUAAUCUACACAGAGACUUCAGGAAACGUUUUUGGGAAAUAAAACUAACUAACAACCAGCAUCAUGCUAAUUUACUCGUUUAUAUAACAACAUUGUUUUGUUAAGCAAUGCUGCGUGUAAAUUUGAUAAAGUAGCUGUUUGUUUGAUUCACAAAAGCAACAAGUCAGAAUAAUGUAUAAACAACAGGUGUUAGCAUGAUGCUAACUGAACACAUUGUCAUUUUGUAGCUACAUAGAUUUUACAGGAAAGCAGAUUAGCUUACAAACAGCAGGAGGCGGACAAGCUAAUGUUCAAGUUGUUUGCUAAUCAUUCAGGCAUUUUUUUAAAUCAUUUGACUCAUUAAUCAUGUGACCCCUUGCCUGAGACAUUGUGGAGACUUCGGCGUUCCCUCCUGCUAGUCUGUUACUUACAGAAAUGUAGCGGUUUGCUAAAAGUCUUGCAUUGACGUGUUAGCGAAUAAGCUAGCUCAUGUUCAUGUGAGGAAAACAUUAGCUAGUAAUUUCUCUAGCUACAUAAAAGAAGGUGUUCUAUAAAGCUAGCAGGCUAGCGCUACACCUAGGGGCUGCUAUGGAAGCGGCUAAAGAUGAAAUGUUAACUAGUCACGUAUUCUUUCUUUCUUUCUUUCUUUCUUUCUUUUUUUCUUUCUUUUACAAUCCUGCUCUCCACCACCUUAUGGAGAUGUUUGUUCUGAAUGUAGGAACCUGGUUCAGAAGCUCGGGUUCUGAGGGAUACCUGAAACUGAAAUAAUAAAGAGACGUUCAGUCCUGUGCUGAUUAUCAGUCAUUCCAUCAUCCAUCACUCCAUCAUCCAUCCACCAUCAUCCAUCAUUUCAUUAUCCAUCAUCCAUAACUCCAUCACUCCAUCCUCCAUCAUCCAUCUGUCCAUCCUCCAUCACUCCAUCAUCCAUCAUUCCAUCAUCCUUCACUCCAUCAUCCAUCCUCCAUUACUCUAUCAUCCAUCCUUCAUCAUCCAUCACUUCAUUAUCCAUUGUCCAUCAUCCAUAACUUCAUCACUCCAUCAUCCAUCCUCCAUUAUCCAUCAUCCAUCAUCCAUCCUCCAUCACUCCAGCAUCCAUCACCCAUCAGUCCAUCAUCCAUCAUUCCAUCAUCCUUCACUCCAUCAUCCAUCCUCCAUCACUCCAUCAUCCAUCACUCCAUCACGCCAUCACUCCAUCCUCCAUCCUGACUAAUAUCAAUUAAAAUCUAGAUUAUUCUGAUAGCCUUUCUUUCUUUCUUUCUUUCUUUCUUUCUUUCUUUCUUCUCUCCUCUCUGUCAGGGACUCAGUAGAUCUAUCCCUCUAUCCCUCUCUCAGCUCAGCUCAGUACAGGGUUUCAGACAGCAGUGUGUUUGUGCUCAGUGUGUAGUUUGGAUUGAGUUUUAGUUGGUUUUGGGUUCUGCUGUGUGAAGAACCGAGGCGCUAAAUCCACCGAGUGACGUUUAAGGUGCUGAUGAGGAACUGAGAGCGCUGAGAACAAAAAUAAAUCUCGACAGAGAUCCGAGCGCUGUGCACAGUGUGAUCAUCAGCAGCUGCUUACUGAGAGUGUGUGUGUGUGUGUGUGUGUGUGUGUGUGGAGAAGGUAAUGAAGUUAUCACCGUACAGGCUGAUGAAUUGUGUGUGUGUGUGUGUGUGUGUAAUCUAUCUCAUCACACACAAUACGGAAUAAAUUUGAUGAACAGUAGAGACCCGAGAGUUCAAUAACCUCACGGUGUGUGAUUGUGUGUUUAUCUGCGAGCUGCAUGGAAAUUUAUUCUGAACUCAUUUGAGACGUCGCUCGGAAUCUCGGAGCAAUUCCCGCUCUCUGAUCUGAGGAGCGAUACGCACGUCGGCUUUCAAAAGGACGAAGCAGCCUAAUUACGCUGAAGCAGAUUAAAGCUUUAGAGUAAUGCUUCACUCGUUUAGACAUAAAGAAGUGGAUUAACAAUUACAUCAUGAUAUACGGGUCAGAUAGACAGACAGACAGGCAGAUAGAAAGACAGAGAGAUAGGUAGGCAGGCAAACAGACAGACACAUGGAGAGACAGGCAGACAGACAGAUGAAGAGACAGACAGACAGGUAGGUGGACAGACAGGUAGGCAGGCAGAAAGACAGAUGGAGAGACAGGCAGACAGAAAGAUAGAUGGAGAAACAGGCAGGCAGACAGACAGACAGAUGGAGAGACAAGCAGACAGACAGACAGACAGGUAGGCAGACAAACAGACAGACAUAUGGAUAGACAGGUAGGCUGACUGACAGACAGACAGACAGAUGAACAGACAGGUAGGAAGGCAGACAGAUAGAUAGACAGACAGACAGAUGAUGGUGCAACAGUUCCCAGGAUUUACUUGUUUUAUAUCAUAGAAACCAAGUAACACUUGCAACAUCUGUGGAUUGAGUACAGAUGUGACUUCAUGAGAGUGAAUUCAAGAGAGAGAUAGAAAGAGAGUGUGUGUGUGUGUGAGUGAGAGAGAGAGAGAGACUGACAGCAUGAAUAAGAAAAUCUGAUUUGUGUGAAUGAGAACAUACUGAGAUAGACAGAUGGAGAGAGAGAGAUGGAAUCUGACACCUUCUUUCUUUCUUCUCCCUCCCAUAUCCCUCUAUCUCUGUCUCUCAGGUCGGUUAAGUCACAUCAUCAGGAAAUAUCUCACUUCACUGUGGGAAACUCAUGGGACAUGCAAAGUGUGUGUGUGUUGCCAACAGUAAAUAAUGCCUUUAAAUCAACCUCACAGAGCAGAGGGUUGAGGUUCGAGCUGAAAUAGCUCAUUGACAAAACCGUAGAAAGAAUCGAUUGAUUUGUUCACGUCCACAGCUUUGGAGUUGAUUCUUCAAACAGAAAUGAUUCACCUGUUUGUUUGUUUGUUUAUUUUUUUAUUUAUCUACAAGGUUCAGGUUCGAUAGUUAACAAGUUCUGAAUUACGUCUUACGCUGGGGUAAAGGCUCACUCAGUCUCUGAACCAACACACACACACACACACACAAUCCUGAAGUAUGACUUUUAACACCAUAUGUGUGUUUGUGUAUUCUGGACACGUUUCAGGUUUAGACACAUGGUGAUGUGUGUGUGUGUGUGUGAGUGGGGGGGUGUUACACAAUGUGGUGACUGUGAUCUAGGCAAUAUCACACACACACACACACAUUUCCUCUCUCUAAGGGGAGGAACAAAAGGGCAAACAGAUGUGCUCCAUUCCUCACAGAGUCGAAAAAGAAGAGGAGGACAGAAGAUGGAGAGAGAGAGAGAGAGAGAGAACAGAAGAAAUAAGAAAUGAAAUGGUGAAUAGGCAGAAAGAACGAGGAACUGAAGUGGAGUGGCUGAAACUGAGAAGGAAACAGUUAAGAAAGAAGAAGAGACAGAAUGAGAAGAACAAAGGAACAAAAACAGAUAGAAGAAUGUCCAGCCAUCAUCUAUACCCACUUAUUCCUAAUUAGGGUCCCAGGACCUUCUUGCUGUGAGGCAACAGUGCUAACCACUAAGCCACCAUACUGCCUGAUAAAAGAACACUUAAAGAAUAAAAAGGAGAGAGAGAGAGAGAGAGAGAGAGAGAGAGAGAGAGAGAGAGAGAGAGAGAGAGAGAGAAAUCCCUCUUUUCACCGUCCUGUUUUUUUUUGUCUCUCUUUUUUAUUCUAUCAGUUUCUCUUUGGCAGAGAGAGAGAGAGAGAG